AUGACACUGGAGAGAGAUAUUGCAGCGAAGCAAAAAGAGCUUGAAGCUCUGAAGAAAAUCAACGCGUUAACUGCUUCGAUGCGGCAGCAGUUGGAUUCUCUUGCGGUUGAAGUGACAAAAAUGCACGAAAACGCCGAGAGCGUUGCAAAUGUGAUGAGCAACUGGGAUUCAAUAAUCAGGUCAAUCUCUCAGGCAAGUCUCAGCCUACUACAAUAUUCGGAGCGGGAUUACGAAGUUGGAGUUUGGGACCAAGAAAAUAACGUUUCGAAAAAGAAGCCCACCACGCCGCAGGAUCUUAAAGAAGCGCCCUUGCCCGAGACUCUUGUACGAGUCAAGGUGGAUAAUGAUCAAGAUUCGGGGGGGCUAAAUUGA